AGUAUUUCGCGCCGCGUGCACUGAGCUGAUCCUUCUUAUCUGGUGACGAUCAGUGAGGAUCUGCCUCUUCAAACUUUUAUGGACUUUGAAUCCUGCAAUUUAUUGCAUGAAAAAGCACAGAAUUCCUGCAACUACAAGCACAAUUUUGAGUGAUAAAGAAAAUGGCAAACAACGGUUGUUGCGUUGACAAGGACACAUGGGAGUCUCACAACAGGAUGCUGCAGGAACCACUCGGCAUCAACGACCCUGAGGUAUUUGAGAUUAUUAAGAAGGAGAAGAAGAGACAGGUGAACGGUUUGGAGCUCAUUGCCUCUGAGAACUUCACAAGUCGUGCUGUUUUGGAAGCUCUAGGCUCAUGCAUGAACAACAAAUACUCAGAAGGAUAUCCAGGCCAGAGAUACUACGGUGGCACAGAGCAUGUGGAUGAACUUGAGCGACUCUGCCAGCAAAGAGCACUGAAGGUUUAUGGUCUAGAUCCAGAGAAAUGGGGUGUAAAUGUGCAGCCUUAUUCUGGGUCACCUGCCAACUUCGCUGUGUACACAGCAGUGGUGGAGCCUCAUGGGAGGAUCAUGGGUCUGGAUCUCCCGGAUGGUGGACACUUGACCCAUGGAUUUAUGACUGACAAGAAAAAAAUUUCUGCCACCUCAAUUUUCUUUGAGUCUAUGCCGUACAAGGUCAAUCAAGAGAACGGUUACAUUGAUUACGACCGACUAGAGGAAAAUGCUCGUCUGUUCCACCCAAAACUGAUCAUCGCAGGUACCAGUUGCUACUCGCGUAACCUGGAUUAUAGUCGUUUGCGGAAGAUAGCAGAUGAGAACGGGGCGUACCUGCUUUCCGACAUGGCGCACAUUAGUGGACUUGUGGCUGCAGGAGUGGUUCCAUCUCCUUUUGAAUUCUCUGAUAUUGUUUCCACAACUACUCAUAAGACUCUGAGAGGCUGCAGAGCUGGAGUCAUCUUCUAUAGGAAAGGUGUGCGCAGUGUGGAUGCAAAAGGGAAGGAAACUCUUUACAACCUGGAGAGUUUGAUCAAUCAGGCUGUGUUUCCUGGGCUACAGGGAGGACCUCAUAAUCAUGCGAUUGCUGGAGUGGCUGUAGCACUGAAGCAAGCACUGACUCCAGAGUUCAAGGUCUACCAGACACAAGUGCUGGCAAACUGCAAGGCCUUGGCAGCGGCUCUGAUGGAAAAAGGCUACAAAAUUGUCACUGGUGGUACUGAUACUCAUCUUAUCUUGCUUGAUCUCUGUCCAAACGGAACUGAUGGUGGAAGGGCAGAGAAGGUGAUGGAGGCCUGUGCCAUUGCUUGUAACAAAAAUACCUGCCCAGGUGAUAAAAGUGCCCUGCGUCCAAGUGGUCUUCGUUUCGGCUCUCCUGCUCUCACGUCACGAGGGCUAGUAGAGCAGGAUUUCCACAUGGUUGCAGAAUAUAUUCACAGAUGCAUUCAGUUAACGGUUGAGAUCCAGAAAAACAUGAACCCCAAAGCCACUUUGAAGGAGUUUAAGGAAACGUUGGCUCAGGACGAGAACUAUCGAAAGAGAAUGACGGAAAUCCGAGAGGAGGUUGAGGCUUUUGCUGCAAAGUUCCCCAUGCCUGGACUGCCUGAGCUAUGAGUCGAAUCCUCAUUCUUUAUUAUUGUAUCUGAGCUUUAACUGGAGAAUAUCCAGACCUUGUUAAUUGCUUGUGCAUUAGCAUGUUUUAUGAGCAAAAAAACAACAAAGAGCAGUGAAUUGGAUACGAUUCAGGUGGAAAAUAAAAGCAAAUUUAUCAAUAA